ACCGGGAUAACGGGGCUUGAAAUGGGACUGGGACCGGGGCUGGGACCGGGACAGCGGGAAGGGUCUGAGGCCGGGACAACAAGACAGGACAGGAAUGGGACUGGAACCGGAACCGGAACCGGGACAAUGGGACUGACACUGAGAUAACGGGGCGGGCACUGGGAAAUCAGGACGGGAUCGGGACGGGGACCGGGACAACGGGACCGGGACUAGAAGCGGGAUAACAGGACGGACACUGAGACUGAGAUAACGGGACGGGGGCUGGGACAGCAGGACGGGAUCGAGACGGGAACUGGGACAACGGGACCGGGAGUGGAACCGGGUUAACGGGACUAGAAUCUGAACGACGGGACCAAGACGGCGGGACUGGGACAGCGGUUUCGAGUGGAAACGGGACCGGGACAAUAAGACUGGAACAGGGAUAACGGGACGGGACCGGGAGUGAAACUGGGAUCGGGACAAUGGCACCGGGAAAGGCACAGUGCUUGGGCUAGAGCUGGGACCGGGACUACGGGACCGGGACAACGGGCCAGGGACCAGCACCGGGGCCGCGCACCCCCCAUGGCAGGCGGCGACGAUCCCCCCCGCCGUGCCCCCCACCCCGCCGGCGCCGGGAGCCCGGGCACCCAGCCCUGCCGGGCCGUGCCGCGGGUCCACGCCUUCGGGAAGGGAGGGCAGGCGCUACGCAGGGACCCCCGCACCCCCCCCGCCAUGCGGGGCUGGCUGCGCAAGCAGGACAGCUCGGGGCUGCGGCUGUGGAAGCGGCGCUGGUUCGUGCUGGUCGAUCUCUGCCUCUACUAUUACCGGGACAGCAGCGAGCAGCAAGUGCGGGGCGGCCUCCCCCUGCCCGGCUACGAGAUCCGCGUCCUGCCCCCCGCGCCCCGCACCCCACACGCCCCCCAGUUCCUCUUCACGGCCGAGCACCCCGGGAUGCGGACGUACUGCCUGGGGGCCGAGACCCCCGAGGAGCUGAACGCCUGGGUCUGCGCCCUGCGCCGGGGGGCAUCGCCCCUGCCCCGGUCCCCCCAGGAACCCCGGGGUGCGGGUCCCCCGUCCCCCCCGUUGCCCGCUCGGUGCUCCCCCGGGGAGGAGUUGGGGUGCCCCCCCAUGCCCCCUCCUCGCUGCACCUCGGGGUCUCCACUGACCCCCAGCGAGGUGCCCCCGGGCCAGGAGGAGGCCCCGGGCGCGGGGGGGCGCCCCAUGGCAGCCCCACACGAUGGGUCCCGGCCCCUCUGCGGGGCGCCCGAACGCGCGGGAAGCCCUGGCCACGCCCCGCAGCCGUGCCCCGCGCUGACCACGCCCCCAAGAGGGAUAAGCCAGCGGGAGCCCCGCCCUCCUGGAGCAGCCACCAAUCAGCAGCCGCCCCCUCCGGCCGCCAGCGGGCGGGAUGCGGCGGAGCAAGACACCGCUGUCAAUCAGACACCGGCUUCUCCAACGAACUCCUCUGAUUGGCUGCUGCCUCUCCCGGGCACCGCCUCCCAGCCAGCAGCCAAUGAGACGUCGCCGUGGGCGCAGGAAGGGAUGAGUGGGCGGGGCUCGCAGCGAGAAGGUGUGGCCGGCCGCUGGGCUCGGCGGCCAAUCAGAAUCACCCUUCUGCAGACCAGCUUCUGAGGGAGGGGCGGGGCGGGGCGGAACCAAGCCGCUUGUGGGCGUGGCCCGCCCCAAAGGGGGCGUGGCUGGACCAGAAGGGGGCGUGGU